AGUACCGACAACAACCCACAUUUUUCUCCAACCCUACCACACAUGUACAAUAUUAUCUCUCUUCUCUCUCAAAUACACAUUAUAGUCAUCAACCUAACUUCUGGUACAAAAUUUAGGGGCCUAAAGAGAUGACUUGGGAAUUCAACUACAACUCUCUACUUAUAAAAACAAGAGGUAUGCUAAUUAAUGUUUUGUGAAUACCAAGCCAUGGAUUUCCUUUCUCCAUUCCGCAAUAACAUCACAUUUUCCACUUUAGCCUGCACCUUUGUGCUUCUCUUCUUACUAUACAAGUUAUUGCUUGCAAACCACAAACCCCAUGGACAUAACCAAAACCCGGCACCAGAGCUACCAGGCGCCCUCCCUAUAAUCGGCCAUCUCCACCUUCUCAUGGGCGCCAAAAAGCCUGCUCACUUCAUCUUCGGAUCCAUGGCGGAUAAGCACGGCCCUAUCUUCCGAAUCAGACUGGGAAACCAACAAACCUUGGUCAUCAGCAGCUCCGAAAUAGCAAAGGAAUGCUUCACAACAAACGACAAAGCCCUAGCCACUCGCCCCAAAUCACUAGCCUCUCAAAUCCUCGGCUUCAACUACACCAUUCUCGCCGUCGCACCUUACGGGGCGUUUUUGCGCGAGAUAAGAAAGAUACUUUCGCAGGAAAUGCUGUCCAGUUCUAGAAUCGAGUCUCUAAGACCCACAAGGGAAUCCCACAUGAGAAAAUCCAUAAAACGCACUUUUGCGUCAAAUUAUUGUGUGGACCAGGAAUAUAAGAACAAGGGCGCAUUGACGGUGGAGAUGAAGCAAUGGUUCGGAAGGCUGAUUAUGAACCUAACAAUUUCGUUGAUUUUCGGCGAGCAAGGAGACGAAGAAGAAGAGAGCAAAGUUCAAGAGUCCAUUAGGAGAAUGAUGGAGUUGUUUGCAGAGCCCGUGGUUGGGGAUUUUUUCCCGUGGCUGAGAUGGUUGGACAUCGGGGGACAUGAGAAAGCUAUGAAGCAGACCGCCAUGGAAAUGGAUAGCUUCGCACAGAGGUCUAUAGAGGAGCACAGAAGAAAAAGGAAUAACCCCAAUUUUAAUGGUAAAGAUGAAGAUUUCAUGGACAUCGUGUUAUCCCUAUUUGAUGGUGCGUCUAAGCCAAGUCUUCCCAAUGGAUAUGAUAUUGAUGUUGUUAUCAAAUCCACUUGCCUGAGCGUCUUGAUUGGAGCAGCAGAAACAAGUAUUGUGACAUUGACAUGGGCUCUCUGCUUGAUACUAAAUAAUUACAGUGUGCUGGAGAGGAUUCAAGAUGAGCUAAACACCCAUGUUGGAAAGCAAAGAUGCAUUGAGGAAUCUGACUUAAACCAAUUGAUUUACCUACAAGCUGUCAUUAAAGAAACAUUGCGUUUAUAUCCGCCAGCCCCACUCUUGGUACCACAUGAAGCCAUGGAAGAUUGCACUGUCAAUGGUUACAACAUUCAGAAGGGUACACGAAUAUUGGUUAACAUUGCAAAGAUCCAUCGUGAUCCAAUGGUGUGGGCGGAGCCAGAUAAGUUUAAACCUGAUAGAUAUUUAACUAGUCACAAAGAUAUUGACGUUAGGGGCAAUAAUUUCGAGUUGAUUCCAUUUAGUAGUGGACGGAGGAUAUGCCCUGGAAUUUCUCUAGGGUUACAAACUAUGCAAUUGACACUAGCUAGUCUAUUUCAUAGCUUUGAUACAAGAAGGUUGUCAAAUGAGCCAAUUGACAUGACCGAAAGUAGUGGAGUGACUAAUGUCAAAGCCACUCCACUACAAGCCCUCCUCAUACCACGCUUGGCUUCAAAUUUAUAUGGUUGAACAUCUACAUCUAUCUACAAUCUUAAUAACAGCCAAUAAAGUUAGGGUUCUAACGGAAAAAAAAAUUGUUUGUAGUAUUUAUUUACUUAAACGAAUGGUUCAUAUUAUUUUGAUUUUAGUAA